AUAGUAAGUCAUUCAUGGGCUCAUAUAUUGAUGUUGAAAAAAACACACACACUCACACACACACACAUAACCCAUCAGAUCCAUGAUCUCAACAAUCUCCAACUCAUGGAUCUUCCAUUUACACCACCUAUAUGCCCAAAACCUUCCCUUACCAACGAUCUAGGCACCAAGAGAGGAGCUAUGAUAGAAUUCCGUAGAGAGACAAUCAACCGCUUUGGCUAUGGCGGCUGUGUGGAGAGAGAGAGAGAGGGGGGGUCUACUUUAGAUGCCGAUGUACCAAUUUGAGAGAGAGAGAUGGCAUCCCCACCGAACGGCAGCGUUGGCCGGUGAGAGGUGGAUAUGGAGAGGGUGUCCUAGUGUUGCCUUUCAGAUCUGUGUGGGUCGGGUCGGUCGCUGAAAUGGUGCCCCAACCCGGUUGGAUGUGGAACAGGGUUGGGGCCGGGUAAGCCCCAACCCGGUCUAUCAUAUGUUUGUAAUCAAAGCCCAAGUCGAUCAGUCCAUAAAUCACACAAACAGACCCAACAGGCCCACAGCCUUGGAAAACAAACAACUUGGUCCAAACUAAAGGCUUAAAAAAUUAAAAACCAAAUUAAAAAAAAAAACGACCCGCAAGCACGUGCCUUCUUCUUUGUCUGGCCUUGUCUGGCUUCAGUUGUCUGUAUCGAUCCGUUUUUCCUUCUUCCUCGUCUGGCCUUGCCUCGCUUCAUACACAGCUCACCUAGCGAGCAUCAUGAGGUCAGUAAGUGAUUUACCUGACGACUUUUUAAAAUUCGCUGUCCAUUUCCAAGUUGCAUUUUUUGUCACUUUCAUCCGAGCCCGUCGUUUCUUGAUUUCCUCUUCAAGCUUUCGAGUAGCUUUUUUUGUAAAUUUAUUUGUCCUUUCAACUCUAUCCCCUGUUCAAGCUGAAAAAGAAGUGUCCUUGUUUGAUUUUACAUGUUUUUUCGUUUCAAUUUUGUUUUUUAUCGUAGCUGAUCGAUUUAUUAGUUUUAUUAUUCAACCUCCAAGAGAUAGAAUUUUUCUAGAUGAUCGAUCUCCUCUGGUUACCUCGCACAGUUUGUUUCAAUCCAAUCAACACCAUCCUCCAAACUGGUCCAAUCUUCCCGCUGAUAUGAUCAGCGAAAUCGUAGAUCGAUUACCUAAUUUCAAAGAUAUUAGCGCAAUUUCAUCUGUUUGCAACCCUUGGCGUGAUGCUUGUUUGGAAAUGAAAACUAAAAGACCUACGUGGCCAUGGCUGAUGUUUUCCGACACAAUAGAUAUCGGCCCACGGCGCUUUUUAAAUAUGUGUGACGGAAGACAUUAUCAGUUAGAAUUACCUUCAAUUCGCGAAAGACGCUGUUGGGGGUCUCCACAUGGUUGUGUUGUAGCCGUGAGUUCUGAUUAUGAAAUCCGCAUUGAACACCUGAUUAAAAGAGUAGGGAUUGCUCUUCCACCGCUAAACACAAUUCGAAGAUUGGCUCCUAGAGAAGAGUGGUUCCGCCUUGUACACAAUUUCAAUCUUUUCAAGGACCCUUCCCAUAAGUUCUCAUUUCUUGUUUCUGCUAUUUUUGGCCCAAUGAAUCAAUUGGCUUUUGCCAGAGUGGCUUCCAGUAGAGGUGGAGAAGGAGAGGCUUUGAGUAGAAGAGGACAUGGUGAGUGGGCUAUUGUCAACAAUCCAAACAAUUUCAAAUUCAAGGAUGUUGUACAUUUUAAAGAUCAAAUUUUUGGACUUUGUGAUAACGGCAUGCUGGUGCACUUUGUUCUUGAUGCUCCUGGGUCAGCUGAAGUGCAAGUUAUUGCUUCCAAACCACAUGAUGUUAAAAAACCCCAAAAAUUAUAUUUGAUUUGAGUCAUCGGAAAAUCUUUUUGUGGUUUUUCGAUACACAUCGUUUUCCUUUGAAGAUGAGGCACAAGACUGUAUGUUUUUUGGUCUACAAGUUCAAAAUCAAUGAGAGGGCUUGGGAGGAAGUAAGCGACUUGGAAGAUCAUAUUAUUUUUGUUGGUGAUGGCAAUUCCUGGUGCAUUCCUACAAGGAAUAUCAAUUUCAGAAGUAACAGGAUCUACUUCACAGAUGACAAUUGGGAGUACCAAACGCACCCAGGAGUAGCAUAUGGAGGCCGUGAUGUGGGAGUGUUUGACAUGGCAACUGGGGAUAUUCAACCACUUCCAUUUUGGAAGGACAACCCUCUCUAUUAUUCUCGACCAAUUUGGGUUACACAUACUUUGCGUUUGGAUUAGCAUUUUACCAUCAGUUUUUCCCCACUUGUUAUGUACAAUAUUUUAUGCAAAUUAUUUCUAGGUAUGAUUGUAUGUUUCCCAACUUUCACCAAAAGCUAAUCCAAACGCUUACACUUAGUAUACUUUAUUUCUCUAAUACCAUUGUAUGUUUCCCAGCUUUCACCAAAAGCUAAUCCAAACGCUUACACUUAGUAUACUUUAUUUCUCUAAUACCAUUGGUAUUCUGGUUUGUAAGCUGGACGCAUUCUUGAGCUAGUAUCUAGUAUAUAUAUGGUUGUGAUACUGUGAA